UGCCAGAGCAACCACCAGCAUAGUGAUAAGGAAUUUCCUGCGCUCGCCUUUUAUUUAUUUAUUUCACUGGGUGCCUGGUCAUAAACAGCAGGAGAGAUGGGUUUGCCGACAGCAGUGGGUGUUCCUCCAGCCCCAUGGGCUCAUUGACCCGCAUGGCAGCUGCUCUCAGGGUUCCUCGGGUGGCUGACCUCUCAUACCUCAGUCCAGAGAAUCCUUUGCUGGCACAGCAUGGUCCUCUCCUGUUCAGCAUGCCCUAAAGUUGAUCGUUUCAGCCUGCUACAUAAGCGAAAGAGGGCAGGAAUGGAGAAGUGUCAGGAAGUCAAGAAACAUGUGCGUCUGCAGGAUAGAAGGGGCUCCAACGUGUCGCUGGUGCUGGACAUGAGUUCCCUGAGCAACACAGAACCCAUUUCAUCCGUCUCCACUCCAAGGGAUGUCACAGUGAAGCUCCUGAACACCACCAGCCAUGUUCUUACUCAGAGGAUGCUCCAGCAGCAGAACUGGAGCCUAGAGGAUCUUCAAGAGGAGUUUGCGAAAAUCCCCUCCAACUUUGCCAGUGCAGAAGAGCUGGACAUCCCCAGACGAGCAGCAAAAGACAGAUAUAAAUCCAUCCUACCAAAUCCCCAGAGUCGUGUGUGCCUCAAGAGAGCACUGAGCCAAGAAGACGAGAGCUACAUUAAUGCAAACUACAUCCGGGGUUAUGCUGGGCAGGAGAAGGCCUAUAUUGCCACCCAGGGGCCCAUGCUUAAUACAGUCAAUGACUUCUGGACAAUGGUGUGGCAGGAAGGAGCUCCUCUCAUCGUUAUGCUCACCAAACUCAAGGAAGAGAAAGAGAAAUGUGUCUGUUACUGGCCCGAAACAGAGGCAACCUAUGGGCCCUUCACCAUCCGCAUGCAAGGCAUUUGUGAGUGUGAAGAAUACACCAUCCGCAACUUUGCCCUACAGCUCAACGAUGAAUGUCGCACGGUGAAGCAUAUUGUUUUCUCAUCCUGGCCAGACCAGAAGACCCCAGAAUCAGCCAAGACCUUCUUGCACUUGGUUUGGGAGGUGGAGAAAAUUCUACAGGCCACAGAGAGCAGAGGACCUGUUGUUGUGCACUGCAGUGCAGGAAUUGGUCGGACAGGCUGUUUUAUUGCUACGCAGAUUGGAUGCCAGCAACUGAAGAAUAAAGGAGAGGUGGAUAUUUUGGGGAUAGUCUGCCAGCUGCGCAUAGACAGGGGUGGAAUGAUACAAACCAGUGAACAAUACCAGUUCCUCCAUCACACACUGGCCAUGUAUGCGUCACAGCUUCCCAAGAUCACAGACUGCUAGUGUCAUUUUCUUGUGUUAGCAUGUGGAACUGGCUUCUCUCCUCCUUGACACAUGGCUUGACGCGUGGCUUUUUCUGACUCGCCAAUCAGUAGCAAUAUAGAGAGAACUACAGUACUUAAGUUUCAACUGCCUGGAGUGUAAUCUCUGCCCAAGAAGAAGUACCUGCUUGCCGGUUGCAUAUCAUAGGAAUGUCUACCAUCACAAAGCAGAUUUCAAAUUCUAAUGUUGUGUUUCUUGUGCUUGUUUUGAACUCCCUGAAUGAUGUGUGCAAACUUAAACCAGAUUUCAGGUUCCUUGAAAAUAGUUUGUUUUGUUUAUUGUUUACUGUUCAGGAUUCAUGACUGUUGAUAUCA